AUGUCCUGCUACAGUGGUUUCGAUGAUGGAUCUUUUGGAUUUAAUGAAUCCGUGUCAUCCACGGAUAGUGGCUUCGAGAAGAGCUAUGAGUCAUCUGAUUUCCCCCCAGGAUACAAACUCAACUACUCAGGAUGUGAUUUAAUACAGAUUCCUGAAGAUCCUGUAACAUCCCAGUUGGGAAUUGCAGAAACGAAAAUGGAGGAUUUUGUGCCAGUUUUGGGCACUUCGACGCCUGUUAAGCAAAGUUCGGCACCAGCUGUAAAGCCCAAGAGGAAAUAUGCCGUCGGGAAGAAUCGUGUCACGAGAUCCCGGAGUCCAACACAAAUCCUCAGGAUAAAGCGACAUCGAAGAAUGAAGGCUAAUGAUCGGGAGAGGAAUAGGAUGCAUACACUGAAUGAAGCUCUGGAACGACUUCGUCUGGCUCUACCCACAUUCCCAGAAGAUACCAAACUCACAAAGAUCGAGACACUCCGUUUCGCCCACAAUUACAUCUUUUCCCUGGAGCAGCUGCUGGAAAAUGAUGGAGUUGUAAAUUUUGACUUGGAAAAGCUCCAAAGCAUCACUUUGAGUGGUGAGAGGAUCACCAAAGAACUCUUCGAUGCUCUUUUCAUCCGGAAUGUCUCUCCUCAUGCUUUUACCACUUCAGCGGCAGGAUUCACUUCCAUGGACUUCUACCAUAGUAUGCAGCAAUACAGUGUGACCCUGAAUAAUCCUCAUCCACCGCAGGAAGCAGGAUUCUCCAAACAGAAUUACGAUAUCUUUAGAAAUGCCUUCCAUAAUGCAGCCAGAGGUCAUCCGCAACUUUCCAGCUAUGAUUACCUUCAACAAAAUCCUGGGUAUCCCAUGACGAAUAUCGGAGAGGGCUUACCUCAAGGAGAGAGGAACUACCACCAGAACAGUAGCUUCUACAAUCAAACACCUCCGUGGCGGGAAUGUAAUGAACUCCCCAUAGUGGAUCCCAUUCAAUAUUGUGAGAGAUUCUAA